AUGUCUGAGCUAACUUCUCCGAAUAAGACACCGCCGAAUCCAACAGGCAACAGCAAGACAGGCGGCACUAUCCAAACGCCCCAGAAAGUUCAAAAAAGGGAGGAACUUCCACCUGGGGAACUGGAGCCCCCUGAAGUACGCGAUAAGCGCCGUCAGCGGCUGCUGAAAUGCCUCGGCGAUAACAUAUGGCACAACUAUCCGUUCGAUGAUUUUGUCGAAUCGCUGGGUGUGAAGCAGCGAUAUGAACAGUUCAUCCUGGAUUGGCCUGAUCUCUUCCUCGACAUAGCCAGGGGGUCACCAGUGGUUAGGUCCAAAAAGGUCAUCGGGAUUACGAAGGCCAAAGGCGAACAUGUCGAUAUUUUCCGCGAUAGCGAAGAUAUGUUAAAGGGCUUGAAAUCCGAAGCUCUUUUGGUCGGUUAUCUAAAAGAGCUUAUUUUUGGAAUGAAGGCUGCGGUUGGCGUUGCAAAUGGACGUAUUCUGGCUGGCAGAACUCCAAUCCCAGACUGGAGGCUUAUUACGGCAGACCAUCAGAGCGAGGUCAUACGAGGCACUCCGCACAAGCCAGACAUUGCGUUUUACCACAAAUACAAGACACAGGACAUCGAUGCCGUCCAUGCUAUACUUGAGGCCAAGAUAGAUGUCCGUCCCGACGAAGCACCAGAGGAUACUCGCGGCCAGCUCGCAGAUUACGGCCAUGUGCUCAAUGAUAAGCAGGCAACCCGCACAUUUGCGCCUGUCUUUUACCUCCAUGGGCACAUACUGACCCUUCACGCAUAUUAUCGCGACAAACUGUAUAUCGUCGAGCUUGGCCAGCUAUGCUUUAAUACGGAUAGUUGGACACCUGAAAUAGCUGAGCUAAUUCAGGAAUGCCUCAUGCAGUUCUGGUUCCUGUUGACUCUUGAGUCGAAAAUUUUUGGGCAUUUCUGUGAUGUCUCUAAGAAUUCUAACUCUUUCAUUUUUUUGCAGGAGGCCAAUGUGGAGAGCAGGGGCGAUUCAAAGAUCGAAGUCUUAUACUCGGUUUCCAAGCAUGUCAAGGAUGUCAAGGAUGGCGAGGGUGUUGCUUCAUUUCGAUUCGAAAAGACAAUAGCACGUUAUUCAUACAUGGUUGGGCGCCAUGUCCAUUUAUUCAGGGGAAAAUUCAAUAGACUGCAUGAUGCUGUGCUGAAGCUUUCUUGGACCCCAGUCAAUCGUUUGCCCGAGGGCGCUGUAUAUGCCAUCCUCAACAAGAGACCAGUUGAAUGUAUUCCCAAGAUCUUUUCGAGUGGCCUGCUCAUUGACAACCUUAAUGGAUACCGGCUGGAGUUUGUGCUCAUGGAGUACUGCGGCCAGUCAAUAGCCGAGUAUCUGAAAGACAAGGCCGACGAUCAGAAAGCCAGGCUGGUUCCUGGCUUUGUCGAGCAGCUGACCCUAUGUCUUGCCCAGGCAAAUGACACUGGUGUCCUGCACAGGGACAUCUCGGCAGGGAAUGUGUGCGUCAAAAACAGCAAGGUGUAUGUCAUUGACUGGGGCUGUGCCAAGGUCAUUGGCUGGGGAACUACUAAGGAUGCUGCUAGGGACACUGGUGAGGACACUGGUGAGGACAUUAAUGAGGACACUGAUGAGGAUGCUGUUGAGGAUGUUGGGGAUGCUGCUGAGAACACUGACCCAAAUCAACUCAAACACAUUGAUGUUGCCGAGCAGUGGGGGUUCAAUGCAACAACAGUGGGGCAAGUGGAAGUGGCCAAGGACCCAUUUACAGGGACGCCGCUUUUCAUGGGAAUUCCCAUGCUCAGCAGCAGCCCCAUCCGGGGAAUCCUUGAUGACCUGGAGAGUGUUCUCUAUGUCAUUAUGGACGCAGUGCGCCCAGCUGGUACUAAGAGGGAUGACGUUCAGGGGUUCAAAUUUCUGGACAGCCAAAGCCUGGCUUUGAGUCGGUACAGCAUCAUGAUGGUUGAGGAAAAGUAUCUGGAGUUGUUUGGGAUAGGAAAUCCAAGCAGGAUAUUCAGGGAUCUAUUCCACUCAAUGCGCCGGUUCUUAUUUGAACCGGGAAAUCAGUACAUUAGCCACCAGCUCUGGUGGGACAGUACAUUUAAACGACAGGCUAACUGGGAUGCUGCUCCUGAGUUUAUGCAUCCCAAGGCGAUUGAGCUCCUCAAAGAGGAUAGUGGCCAGCUUAAGCGACCAGCUGAGGACGAGAUCAAUGCUGGGUCAUUCAAGAAGCUAGCACUUUAGGUUUUUUGUUUUUAAUAAAUCUUUUUACGACCC